CUCCUGGGGAAACUUUUUAUCUGACAAAACCUUUUUUUUUUUUAAAAAAAGAAAGCUGGAGAAAGUUUGAAGGACUCGCGCUGGUUAAUAAAUUAUUCACACACACACACACACACACACACACACACACACACACACACACACACACACACACACACACACACACACACACACACACACACACACACCCCUAAAGGAAAGUGACUUGAGACCUGCGCCUGUUUUUCACUGAACUCCAUUUUUGGAUUCUUUUUUGGACUUUUUUGGAGACUUUACAUUGUUUCCACGCCUUAUGGACGUCUGACAGGUGGAGGUCUUAACACAGCUGAAGGAAAAGCAGGAUGUAAGCUGGAGAGCAGACUGGAUAUGGGAUGUGAACAUGUCAGUAUGAGAACUGAGUUGGGUUCCUGUCUGUGUCCCAGUUGGAGGAGUGUAUUCCUCUGUAGGCUCUGAUGGAGCUGCAGGCAAUCUGUGGCCUUCUCUACUGCUUUCUGCUGCCCAUUUCACUGCUGGCAGCAUGUCUGUUUCGCUACAACGCCCUUUCUUUAGUCUACCUACUGUACCUGCUGCUGCUGCCAUGGUUCACCUGGCCCAACAAACACACGGCACGAGGACACACAGGGAGAUUUGUCAUCGCUCUGUUCAGCACCAGUCUGCUGUUCCUGCUCGCCCACGUCUCAUUCCAGGUCUGUCUCUACACCGUGCCUGGCCUGGAUGAUGCUCUGGGACACAACUGUAGCACCUGGGAAACUCUGGCGAGGCACAUCGGCAUGUCCAGAUUGCAGCUGGACGAUCCCUGGAACGCCGUGCGUCUCCUUUCCCCGGACCUGGGCGUAUUCAUCAUGUCUCUGAUCACCAUGGUGCUGUGUAAGCGUUUGCUGAAGAGGACAGAGGAGGGGUUAGUGGUGCACGUGUCCCAUCAAGAAGAAACCCAAACAGACGAAGAGGAUGAGGAGGAAGAGGAGGAGGAGGAAGGUGGUGGUGAGGAGGAAGAGGAUAGGAAGGAGGAAAAGAGGAGAGGACCAGCUCAGCUGUGUGCUCGUCUCAGAGCUACAGCUCAGCGCUUUCUCCACAACAUGGGUAGAGUGUUAGCCGUCACGCUGCUGGGGCUGGCCGGUAUCACGUUGCCCUCUGCUUUCUCCUCCGUCUACUUCCUGCUCUUCAUCACCGUGUGUACCUGGUGGGCCUGCCACCUUCCCAUCAGCCACCUGGGCUUCAACGCACUGUGUGUGAUGGUGGGAUUGUUCACAGCAGGACACUUGGUGUGUUUGUACUUGUACCAGAGUACAGUGGCCCAGAGCUUUCUCACCCCGAGCAGUCUGUGGGCCAGGAUGUUUGGCCUUAAGGAUAUCGUUGGCCCUUUUAAUUGCUCCUCCCUCUCCGAUGACCUCAUAUUCAACACGGCGCAUGAUUGGCCUGUGUACGUCAAUCCAGGCAUCCUCUUUCUUCUCUACAUCACCGUGGUAACAGUGCUGAAGUUCAGCAGUCAUAGUUCCCUACAAAAGAAUGAGGCUGUGGGUGAGGAGGUGGAGUUAAUGCAAUGGGGGGCAGGACAAAUAACACCUGAUGAUGACACUAAGAGAAUGUUGCUGGCUGAAGGUGAAAGUCCUGGGCAGGAAUCACACACCAGUGAAGCCAAAGCCCACGGCACAAACGGUUCCGGUCAACACGACCUAGGUCCUGGCCCAGAGACAGGGCAGCAGCAGCAACAAGACAGUCCUAUCCAGUUAGUUGGGAGGAUGAUCAUGCAGCAGAGUUACAUCUGUGCUCUCAUCGCCAUGAUGGUGUGGAGCAUCACCUACCACAGUUGGUUGACAUUUGUGCUGCUCUUGUGGGCGUGUUUGAUCUGGAUGCUGCGAGCACGUCGUCACUUCGCCAUGCUCUGCUCACCCUUCAUCCUGCUGUAUGGCCUCUGUCUUUGCAUCCUGAACUAUGUCUGGGCCAUGGACCUGGAGCCCGAACUGCCAAAGCACCUGGGCUCUAUGAGCCUGAGACAGAUGGGACUUGACCGAGCACCUUAUCCCUGCCUACGCCUGGGAGCCUUGCUGCUGUUCACGCUGACGUUCUGGCUGCUUUUACGACACUCGGUAAAGGAUAAGUUUGGGAGGAAGAAGAAGCAGAGCGUCCCACUCGAGGAGGUCACCACUGGAGAGAGCACAGGCCAUGAUGACUCCAUCCUAAGGCUCCUAGGAAGGGUGGUGAUGAGUCUUUAUGCUAAGUAUUGGAUCUACGUGUGUGGAGGGAUGUUCAUCAUGGUCAGCUUCGCUGGGAAGCUGGUGGGCUACAAGAUCGUCUACAUGCUGCUGUUCCUGCUCUGCAUGUGCUUCUACCAGGUGUACUAUUCUCUCUGGAGGAGGCUACUGAAGCCAUUCUGGUGGUUGGUGGUGGCCUACACCAUGUUGGUGCUCAUUGCCAUCUAUACCUACCAGUUUGAGGACUUCCCAGGCUACUGGAAGAACUUCACAGGGUUCACAGAGGACCAGCUCGCAGAUAUCGGCCUCGAGACCUUUAAGCUCUCCGAGCUGUUCAGCAGUAUUCUGAUUCCCGGUUUCUUCCUGUUGGCCUGCAUCCUACAACUGCACUACUUCCACAAGUCAUUCAUGAAGAUCACAGACCUGGAGCACGUCACUCCUCUGCACAGAAAGAAAUCGGCCCUGAAGACAGAGGGAGGAGGCUUUGAGGAGGAAGAUCUGAAUACCGAGCUGGGAGAUGAUGAGUCAGAAGAUGGAGUGAUGGUGCCCAGUAAGUGGGGGCUGGUGAUGGACAGACUCAUGGUGCUCUUCAGGAAGUUCUUCGACAUCCUCACCCACGUUCAGGCUUUUCUCUGGCGUGUCCUGGAGCUGCACAUCUUCAAAAUUGUCGCACUGUUUGUCAUCUGGGUGUCACUUGGAGAGCCGUCCGUGAUGAAUUUGGUGUUGGUUGUGCUGUGGUCGUUCGCGAUGCCCUUUGCCCGUUUCAGACCCAUGGCCUCAUGUCUGUCCACCGUCUGGGUCUGCAUCAUCAUCGUCUGUAAGAUGCUCUACCAGCUAAGCAUCGUCAAACCUGAGGAGUACUCCAACAACUGUACAGUGCCUCUGACUAACGAGACGAGUCUGAACGUUGAUGAGAUCCUGAACUCCACACUUUACAAAGCGCCUGUAGAUCCAGCCAACUGGUUUGGCUUUAGGAAGGAUGCCACUGCUUUGGGCUACAGUAAGAACCAUCUGCUGGUGCUGCUGUUGCUGGUAUUUGAGGCGACCGUGUACCGGCACCAGAUCCAUCACUACAAGCAGGUACAUCGUUCUCCUCCCUCCAUCCCGACUAUCUUCCCACAAUCCACGCGUGACAAACUGGACGAGGGGCUGCUGCCCUGUAUCAGAUACCUCCUCAACUUCAGCUUCUACAAGUUUGGCCUUGAGAUCUGCUUCCUGAUGACUGUGAAUGUGAUUGGCCAACGCAUGAACUUCCUGGUCAUUAUUCACGGGUGCUGGCUGGUCGCCCUCAUGGUGCGUCGUCGCCGCGAGGUCAUUGCUCAGAUCUGGUCUAAAUACUGCAUCUUCCUGGUGAUCUUCAUGAUCUAUCAGUACAUCCUGUGUGUGGGAAUGCCUCCUGCUCUAUGUCUCGACUACCCAUGGAGAUGGAAAAGCUCAGUCAACAUCAACUCAGCUCUGAUUAAAUGGAUCUACCUGCCUGAUUUCUACAUCCUCCCCAACUCCAAGAACCUCAUCGCGGACUUCCUGCUUCUAAUGUGUGCCUCGCUACAAUGGGCAGUUUUCGAGAACGAGAAGAAAGAAGAGUGGAUGGUGAUGGGAGGAGAGAAUAAGGACAACCCUGACCCCAUGGAGCACAUGCUCUUUAAUCCAGCUCCUAAUUUCAUCAACUGCAGAUCUUACCUGGACAUGAUGAAAGUCCUGGUUUUCCGAAACAUGUUCUGGUUAGUCUUGGCCGUGCUGUUUGUGACAGGCUCCACUCGGAUCAGCGUGUUCGGUCUGGGCUAUCUUCUGGCCUGCUUCUUCUUCCUGCUGUACGGUAGGCGGCUGAUGGUCAAACCCUCCCGUACACGCCUGCUCAUGUGGGACUGCCUCAUCAUCUAUAAUGUAGGAGUGAUCAUCGCCAAGAACACACUGUCUAUCCUGGCCUGUGUGUUUGUAGCUGAGAUGCAGGCACGUUUCUGCUGGGUGAUCCAGCUCUUCAGUCUCGUCUGUACAGUCAAAGGCUACUAUGACCCCGUAUCCCUGAGUGGUAAAGAGUGCAGUUUGCCUAUUGAGGAAGCAGGCAUCAUCUGGGACAGCAUCUGCUUCUUCUUCCUCUUGCUGCAGAGGAGAGUCUUCCUUAGUUUCUACUUUGUUCAUGUGACUGCAGAUCUGCAGGCAUCUGCACUACAGGCCUCACGGGGUUUUGAGCUCUUCAAAGCCAGCAUUAUAAAGAAUGUGCGUUUUUAUAAGCAGACCGAGAAAAAAUCCAUUCAACAGCUGAAGGGCUCGAUGGAGCGAAUCCGUGACAAACAGCAGCGAUAUAAAGAGGGACGGAAGCUAUCUGAAAGAGAGCAGCAGUCAUCAGAGUCUCAGGAAGUGAGGAAGGAGAAGAAGAAGAAGAAGAAAAAAGAGUGGCACCGUCCCUGGAUAGAUCAUGCAACUGUACUGAAUUCUGGGGAUUACUACAUGUUUGAAUCAGACAGUGAGGGUGAGGAUGAGGAUGUCCUAGAAGAGGAGCAGAAACAACAAAAACAGACUGCAUUUCAGUUGGCAUACCAGGCAUGGGUGACCAGCGCUAAGCAGGUACUAAAAGAACGGCAACAGAGACAGAAAGAACAACGGCAGAAAGAACGAAGAGAGGAGAGAGAGAGACAUCAAACUGUCUCACAGGCCUCGGGUGAUGUAGAGGAGACGGGGUCCGUUUUUGAAGAGAAGACCUCUAAAGAGGAAGAGGAAGAGGCAGGGGAAGAAGGAGAGGAGUCAGGUUCUGGCAGUGAUACAGUGCAGAGGAUCCUGGAAAUGCUGAAGUUCCUGUGGAUGCUGUGCUUGGCCAUGGUGGACAGCUUCACUCUGUGGCUCAACCUGCUCACCAAGCAGUACGUGAACACAUCAACCGUCCUGUGUGAGGAGCGCUACCUGCACAUCCACAAUAUCAGCCAGACGCCAGCGAGUGAGCCUACAGAUGACCAGCUGUCUGAGGAUAGUGAAAGUCUCACUUUAGACACAUGUCUAGACGAAACCGAUACAGACCUUCUUAAUAUCAGCCGUACUGCCAGUGCUGAUGAGCUGGAGGAAGCCUUGGAAUCUGAUGAGCCACGACCCCACAGCAGCAUGACACUUUGCUCCCAGCCCACUAUAGAUCUAGAGUCAGAAUCACAUUACUUAAAACACCUGAGGAAAUCCAGAACAGCCAGUGAACUGCUCUCAGACAGGCCCUAUGUCAUUGAGGAGCUGAUACAAUGUCGAGAGUUUUACGCCUCCCAGAAUCGGCUGCUUAAACUUCUCUUUGCACUCUGUAACGUUGUGGCUGCUCACUCUGAGCUUGUGUGCUACUUCAUCAUCGUGCUGAACAACGUCGUCACGGCCUCAGUCAUAUCCUUGGUGCUGCCCAUACUAAUCUUCCUGUGGGCCAUGCUGUCCAUUCCACGGCCUUCAAAGAGGUUCUGGAUGACUGCCAUAGUGUACACAGAGGUCAUGGUGGUGGUCAAGUACCUGUUCCAGUUUGGCUUUUUCCCCUGGAACAGUGAAUACGAGAUGAGACUAAACGAGAACAAGCCCUACUUUCCUCCACGGAUCCUCGGUCUGGAGAAAACUGACAACUACAUCCGCUAUGACCUGCUACAGCUGCUGGCCCUUUUCUUUCACCGUUCUCUGCUACAGCGCUAUGGGCUGUGGGACCAGGAGGGACCUCUGGAGGAGAAGAGCACAGAGGAAAUUAAGAAGAAACCUGAAAAGUUGAUAGAGGAAAAAACGGUCCAGCCUGAUGAGGCCGAUCCUCAGACAGACACAAAGACGGAAAUCCAGACAGAGCCUGAGGAGGCCCAAAAUGCAGAAAUAACACCUGAACCUGAAGAGCCCAAGAAAAAAGGUGGUCUUCUGCGCUUCCGCAAAAAGAAAUCCCCAGACAAAGAGGCCACAGAAAAAGAAACCAAGAAGAAGAAGAAGAAGAAGGCAAAGGGUCAGCGGCGAAAGGAAGCCAGUAAAAAGCUAAAGGCAUUUGGAGAAAAACUCAAAGACUUUUUCAUCUCGGCGGUGAGGAACACUUAUAAGCCAACGCAGACGUUCAUCCACAACAUCCUGCAUACUGAGUACCGAGCUGCCACUGAUGUCUACGCUCUGAUGUUCCUCACUGAUGUGGUGGACUUCAUCGUCAUUGUGUUUGGCUUCUGGGCUUUUGGAAAACAUUCGGCUGCUGCAGACAUCGCCACCUCACUUUCAGAUGACCAGGUCCCUGAAGCGUUCCUCGUCAUGCUCCUCAUCCAGUUCAGCACCAUGGUGAUCGACCGCGCUCUGUACCUGCGCAAGGCUGUGCUCGGAAAACUCAUCUUUCAGGUCAUCCUAGUGCUGGGUAUUCACAUCUGGAUGUUCUUCAUCCUGCCCGCAGUCACUGAGAGGAUGUUUAGCCAGAACUUUGUGGCCCAGCUCUGGUACUUUGUCAAGUGCAUCUACUUCACACUGUCUGCGUAUCAGAUCCGCUGUGGCUACCCCACUCGCAUCCUCGGAAACUUCCUCACUAAGAAGUACAACCACCUCAACCUCUUCCUCUUCCAAGGGUUCCGCUUGGUUCCGUUCCUGGUAGAGCUUCGGGCCGUAAUGGACUGGGUCUGGACCGACACCACCCUCUCUCUCUCCAACUGGAUGUGUGUGGAAGACAUUUAUGCCAACAUUUUUAUCAUAAAGUGCAGUCGAGAGACCGAGAAGAAAUAUCCUCAACCAAAGGGCCAAAAAAAGAAGAAAAUAGUGAAGUACGGAAUGGGUGGCAUCAUCAUCUUUUUCCUCAUCUGCAUCAUCUGGUUCCCUCUACUCUUCAUCUCCUUGGUCAGAUCAGUUGUGGGUGUGGUCAAUCAUCCCGUGGAUGUAACUGUGACAUUCAAGUUGGGAGGUUAUGAGCCCCUGUUUACCAUGAGUGUGCAGCAGCAGUCCAUACAGCCUUUCACAGAAAAGGAUUAUGACCAUCUCACAGAGCAGUUUGAGAAAAAUGCUGUGGCCAUGCAGUUCAUAACACUAUACAGCUACGAAGACAUCGUAACAGCCAACAUCGAGGGCAGCUCUGGCUCGGUGUGGAGAAUCAGCCCUCCCAGCAGACAGGAGUUGAUUAAGGAGCUGCUGACCAGCCCGGCAGACAUGACCCUGCGUCUGGCCUGGAACUUUCAGAGGGACUUGGGGAAAGGUGGAACAGUGGAAAACACUUAUGACAAACACUCUAUUAGUUUGGAGCCCGGAGACCAUGUGAGAGCAGACCUAGCCUCACUGCUGCUGGGAAAUCGCACCGAGCCUGUUCGAGUGCAUCACAUGUUCCCUAACUACAUUAGAGCCCCAAACGGAGCUGAGGCCAAGCCUGUCAGCCAGCUGUAUGAGGGAGAAGAGGAGGGCUAUCAGGACGUGACACUAUCUCUAAAGAGGGACGGCUCCCUGAACGGCACUGGAGCUCAGGAGUGGUGGGACAUCAGCAUCGCGGACUGCGAUGCAUCUGCAGGAGCCUGCGGGGUUUUACCCAUGGUCAUCUUUAAUGACAAAGUCAGCCCACCCAGUCUGGGCUUCCUGGCUGGAUACGGGAUCAUGGGACUGUACGUAUCGGUGGUUCUGGUAAUCGGUAAGUUUGUGCGCGGUUUCUUCAGUGAGAUCUCUCACUCCAUCAUGUUCGAGGAGCUGCCGUGCGUCGACCGCAUCCUCAAGUUGUGCACAGACAUCUUCCUGGUGCGUGAGACGGGCGAACUGGAGCUAGAGGAAGAGCUCUACUCCAAACUCAUCUUCCUCUACCGAUCACCAGAGACUAUGAUCAAAUGGACCAGGGAGAAGGAAGACUAGACUCCCACUUUUUGGACAAAAUGGCCCUUUAGCAGCGACGCUUAAUGCAGGACUGUCCUACGUAAAGCACUUCCCUUUAGGCCUUUUAGGAACCUGCUGGUCGUGCGGAGCUUCAGGUUGAACUCUACAGCUGUGAUUUUUGCCAAGUCAUUUAACAGCUGUAACAAGUUUGGCGUCCAUAAUUUUAUUCUUGACGCUGGUCAGCUGUUAGGACCAUGUGAAUGAGACAGAAGUUGGGCUCUGAAACUUAAGCAAUCUGGGGGUGUGUGGAUCUGUGUGCAUUGUUGCUGAGCAGUGUUUGGACUACACUUUAGGCCUAAACAGCCUUACUGUCUGAACGUGACUUUAUACCUAGUCCUAAUUCUGUCCUUCAGUGCACAAACACUAUUGUAAUGUACUCCUGAUCUAAUGAAAAUGAACUUAAAACUGUUUACAUAUGGAAUGUUUCAUGCAGAAAGACACGUUUAAAAUGGUUAUUUGGGGAAAAGGGAAUAUUCUGGGUUAUAAUAAAUAAUAAAUUCCUACGUUAUAGGACCGAUUCAUCAAAAACAUCUAGCGUUCCCUAUUCCUAAAGUGUCAAACAUUUGCCUCUUAAGUUUUGCCCUGUAGCUGCAACACCAAUGAAGCUGACAAGGUUUUUCCCACCUUACAGUUGAGCUAUUUCAUCAUCCUGUUUAUAGAUGCCAUCACAUUACAUUAUUGUGUGUUCUAAACAUCUGGAUGUAACUUGAGACAUUUCCAGUCAAAUGUUGUGGGUGAAUCACGACCGUAGUUACUUUGUCAGCUGCUUCAGGCUGCAGGGCAGAAUUAAGGAAGAAAACAUAAGACAUCUAUCAACUGACUGACUGACUGACUACUGGGGCAUGAUGGGGAUUUAUUAUUUUAUUUUUGCCAACUUGACUGACAUUUGCUGUUUGUUAAACCAUCAUUGUAACAUGACUGUGAGGUUUUCUUGGCAGUGACGUAUUGCAUCUCGUUUUACACGUUUAUUUCUUCACUUAACUGCCAUUUAGCUACAAUUGUGCCAAUCAACAAUGGCUGGAUGGUUUAUUUUACAGGUUAAAUGUGUUUUAAAAGAACUUCUCUUUAUAUUUAUUCAUAUGGUCAUCAUUUUAUACUUUCAAAAAAUGUGAUUAGUGAAAAAUUCUUGGUGAAGGGCAGUUUUCUGAUUUAGCUCGUGUAUCGUUAAUCAGUGAGGUGCGAAUGCAUCACGACUCCUGCCUUCGUACAGUCGCAGCUCUGUGGCAGUACUUACUGUAACUGCUGAAAUUUACUACCAUAAUAAAAAAAGUGAUCAAUAAAA